UCGACUCGUAAUGGUAUAGGCCUACACAUGUGACAUCAUCAAAUUUGGACACGGAUGCAGUGUUCUACUUUCAAAAAAGCAACAAUGAGUGGCCGAAUAGGAGACCUUACCGUUAAGCAACAGAAAAUACUAAAUGAGUUUCGUCAAAACCUUUCGGACGUUCUUUCAGCUGACCACGAUGACCAUUAUCUUUUACGAUGGCUAAGAGCUCGCAAGUUCGAUCUGUCAAAAUCUGAGAAAAUGUUAAGAGAUCAUCUAACGUUCAGGAAACGCAUGAAUAUUGAUAAAAUUCUUGAAUGGACCCCACCAGAGGUUAUAACAAAAUAUAUGACGGGAGGAAUAUGUGGACAUCACAAAGGUGGUGGAAUUAUAUGGAUAGAGCCGUUCGGAAGGAUAGAUCCAAAGGGUAUAGUUCGCUCCUGCAGUAAGUCGGAUUUUGUCAAAUACAGGACAAAAAUGUGUGAAGAAAUAUUGAAAGACUUUCGAGAGCAGUCAGAAAAGCUUGGUAAAAUUGUUGAUGAUGUCAUCAUUAUUAUUGAUCUUGAUAAGAUUGAGUACCAGCAUGUAUGGAAGCCAUUAGUGGACUGUUACAAUGCAGCAUUCACAAUGUUUGAGCCCAACUACCCAGAGAUACUUAAAACAUGUUUUGUUCUGAAUGCUCCUAGCAUGAUGUCCGUAGGGUUCAACUUAGUCAAACCAUUCCUCAGUGAAGAUACAACAAAGAAAGUAAAAUUCCUCAAGAGUAAUCAAUUAUACAAACUAUUGGAAUAUAUUGACCCCGAUCAGUUACCAAAAGUAUAUGGGGGUACCAGGACCGACUCGGAUGGUUGUCCAGAUUGCAAAGAAGAGAUAUGUUGGGGCGGGAAAGUGCCUUCAUCGUAUUAUCUUAAUCAAGAAAUCAGAGAUAACAAUAAUUUUGAUGAAGUAUCUGUUGGUUCGAAAUCAUCGCAUCACAUAAAACUAGACGUAACACAAGAGAACUCAAUUAUAAGAUGGGAAUUCCAUUCGGAUGAACCCAUCCUAUUUGGGAUCUACAAGAAAAAUAAGGCAGGGAAGGAAAAAGAAAAAGAAUUAAAAGUGAUACAGACGAAAGCGAAGUAUAACUCACAAGAAGUACCGGAAUCAGGCGCCAUCACGUGCAUAGAAGUUGGCACAUACGUGCUUAAAUUUGAAAACACCAACAUUGUGCAGAGUAAAAAGCUAAUGUAUCAAGUAGAUGUACUAACUCCAACAGACGAGCAGACAACCGAAAUACAAUCGAACGGUGCAAUAUCAUAGGAAGGAAACAUGUCAACUCGGCCUCAAGUCAACUCGGGGCCCAUGUCAACUUGACCCCAAGUAAAAUCGGCCCCAAGUCAAAUUUCAACAGUACGCUGCUGAACCACGAGUCAUAAGGAGAUGUGAAGCAUUAUAGUAAUGGAGAGUUGUAUCUUGUAGUUGGGUAAAAAGAGACAGAAGGUGGGGUCAGGGCUCGUGCUUAAGGCAACAUAGAUGGGGUCAGGGCAGGGGGAUUGAUCAAGGUAGAGGUGCGCGAUGUUUCAGUUAGAAAAGUGGAAAUGGGCUUGGUGGAUUUGACGGUGAAUGUAGCUUAUUGGAAGAUGUUCAGUGUCUAUGCAAUAGAAUUAAUUUUUACGAGUAAAUGGCGUUAUAUUAUUAAGCACUAAUAGUAUAGCGCAUUACCAUAAAUCAAUAGCUAGAUUUUCUUAAAUGCAAAACUAAAUAUCGAGCAUCAUAUGAAAUAAAAAAUCUCACAUGGAAAAUCAGGAAAUGCAAUUUUGAAAGCUAUUGUAAAUUCAUAUCAAAAUCAGUAAAACACAU